CAGACAGUGACCCGUACUGCCCGUACAGGACGGGAUCGGGAAUAUGGUCCAGGCCUGGGCUGACGCCGCUACUUAGCGAAUGGGAACUAUAUGCAAAAUGUCUUCUCGAUGGAGCUGGGUGAUGAAUGCUUUAUAUAUUUCCCUGAGCGUUUGCUCUCUUGGAGUUUCAGGUGGACUUGUACAGUCAUGUGGUUACAUCAUCCCAGAGUCUCCAGUGUUGACCCUUGGCUCCAAUUUUACAGCAUUGUGCAUUCUCAAUGAGAGUUGUCUUGACUUUGGCAAUAUACAUGCCAAUCAGAUUAUUUGGAAAAUCAAAAAUUCUGUAGUGCCUAAAGAACAAUACCGUGUAAUAAACAGAACUGUUUCCAGUGUCACAUUUAGUGACACCUCUACUUUAGCUACUCCUCUGACAUGCAACGUUUUAGCAGAUGGACAGAUUGAGCAGAAUAUCUAUGGAAUUGCAGUUACCCUGGGCCUGCCCCCAGAGAAGCCUGAAAAUUUGAGUUGCAUUGUGCGUCAGAUGUCAAAAACUAAAUUUAUUAUGACUUGUACCUGGAAUCCUGGAAGGGAUACGUUCCUAGCUACUGAUUUCCGUUUAAAAUCUCAAUGGCCACUAGAAACCUUGUCUGACUGCGAACCACAAGGUGUAAAUAACUCUUGUGACAUUUCCAAUGUUCAGUUUUUUGUCAACCUGGAGGUCUGGGUGGAAGCUAACAAUGCCCUUGGGAAGGCUGAAUCUGAGCACAUUGAUUUUGAUCCUGUGGACAUUGUGAAACCUCUACCUCCACACAACUUAGCAGUCAAUUCAGGAGAACUACCCACUGUCUUGAAACUGUCAUGGGAGAACCAAAUUUCACUUGUUGAGAUGGAGCUGAAAUUUAAUAUUCGAUACAGGAUCAGUGACAGCCCAGACUGGAUGGAGGUUCCUCCUGAAGAUACAGCUUCACACAGAACUUCAUUCACUGUUCAGUCCCUUAAGCCUUAUACAAAGUAUGUGUUUUCACUUCGUUGUAUGAAGAAAGAUGGGUUGGGCUACUGGAGUGACUGGAGUAAAGAAAAGAGUGGGGUCACAUCUGAAGCUAAACCAUCUAAGGGACCACCUCUAUGGAGGAAGAUUGGCAUAUCUCACUCUCCAAACUCCUGGACUGUGCAUCUGAUAUGGAAGGAAUUGGAUCGUUCUGAAGCCAAUGGAAUAAUCUUAAGAUACGAAGUCACUGUCAGAGCAAGACCACCUCUGUCACGUGCAUCUGAAAAAUACAGUGUUAAUAGCACAAACCUGACUUUAAAUUUAACAAAUGGAACGUAUGAUGUGACAGUAACUGCUCAUAACAGGGUUGGUGGAUCUCCCCCAUCGGUUUUGCUUAUUCCAGCAAGUAACUCAAAAGCACUUUUUCAAAAAACUAAAAUUGCUUUUUUUCCAUUUUUAGGAAAAGGAGAAAUAGAAGCCAUAGUUGUACCUGUGUGUCUGGCAUUCUUGUUGUCCAUCCUUCUGGGAGUAUUGUUCUGCUUUAACAAACGGGACUUAAUUAAAAAGCAUAUCUGGCCUAAUGUUCCUGAUCCUUCCAAAAGUAAUAUUGCUCAGUGGUCCCCUCAAACUCCACCUAAGCAUAAUUUUAGUUCCAAAGAUCAGAUGUAUCCAGAAGGCAGCUUUACUGAUGUAAGCGUGGUUGAAAUAGAAGCAGAUGACAAGAAGUCCGUUUCAGAGCAGGAUCUAAAACCCUUCAACUUGCUUAAAAAGGAAAAAAAUACUUCAGAGGGGCACAGCAGUGGUAUUGGAGGAUCCUCAUGCAUGUCUUCUCCUAGGCAAAGUGUUUCCGACAGUGAUGAGAGUGAAUCUGCACAAAACACUUCAAGCACUGUACAGUAUUCAACUGUAGUACUCAAUGGCUACAGAGACCAAAUUCCUUCUGUUCAAGUCUUUUCAAGAUCUGAAUCCACCCAGCCGCUGCUAGAUUCAGAAGAGAAACCAGAAGAUAACCCAGGAGGAGGUGAAAGUGCAACUCCAAGGCAGCAGUAUUUCAAACAAAAUAGUAGUCAGGAUGAAACCAAUACAGAUGGGUCAUAUUUUGAAAGAGCAAAGCAAGUUACUCCUCCAAUAAACGAGGAGGAUCUUGUUGGACUUGCACAACUACAGAUUUCAGGUCACAGUUCACAGCUGUGUGGCUCUGGGCCAGAGAAAAAUAAACCUGAAUCUGCUUUGGCAGAUGCAUUCAGCCCAAGUACUGAGGGACAGAUUCUGAGACUGGAAACGAUGGGGAUAAACACAGCAACAGUUGAUGAGAUACCAAAAAGUUACAUGCCACAAACUGUAAGGCAAGGGGGCUAUAUCCCCCAGUGAGAGGAGAGAGACUGGCUCUGUUAGGCCUUCAGUAGUGCCUGAUCCAUUUUUUUCCCCCUGUGUUUCUGAUGAGUUAAGCUAAGUAUUUUUAUCUGAUUUCAGAUAAAAAUAUUCAGAUUCAUUUAGUGAAGAGAAUUUGAUGGAGGGUACAUGAGUACUAUAUUUCAUUGGGAUAUUUCCAGUCCAGAAUUACUGGAGAUCCUCCUAUAAGCACUACAUAGAUUCUCUUAUUUGUCUGAAUAAUUGAACAGGCCUUUGUGCUGCCUUGCAGUUUUGUUUGUCUUUGUCAUGUCACGUUUAAACAUGAUUGAUUGAAAGUAGCAAGUUUUAUUUUGUUACUGAGGCCAAGGGGCAUCUAAGAGGAAAAUACCAGGAGCCUUCUGGCCAGGGCUUUGGAAGUGUGCUCCGGCUCCGCUCCAGCUCCAGCCAAAAACCUACAGCUCCACUGCUCCGGAGCUGCUCCGCGCUCCAGCUCCGGGCUCCGUUCCAAAGCCCUGCUUCUGGCAGUGCAUGAUAUUAAGAUGCCUACUUUGGCUAAGCUUGAUUAGACCAGAGUGUGUUCCUCCAAAGGUAAAAAAUGAAAGUACAGUAUUAUAUAUUUUUAAGAUGUUAUCCAGUGACCAAACAAUUUCGGCCCACAUUCAUCCCUGACUAACUCUAUUGACUUCAGCGGAGUUAUAGAAGGGAUGAAUUUGGCCCAAUAUUUCUAAUGUAAUAGCAUCAGACUAAUGUCUCAAAGUAUUUCAGGCCUCAUAUAAAGAACUGUAAAACAAAGGACUGAAGUACUUGUCACAAAUUGCAAUCAAAAUGCCAUCACUGCUUAACUCCCUAUGAAUGCUAGUGUAGUCAUCAGUAUUCUGCCUCUCUCUCUCUAAUAUAUGUAUGUAUGUAUACACACAUUUAUAUAUACUCACCCGUAUAUAGAAACUAGGCAUAAAAACUACCUAUCUUGUAAUCUGAGCCAAAUGCAUGGCAAUUAAAAUUUUAUAUUUAGCAUUAAAAACUUUGAAGGAAAAUGUAGGUAAGAAAAACUCCCCUGUAGGCGAAUUGAAGUGUUUAUUUAAAAAUGAAUAUCUGUUUAUCUCAAAUCCCUGACUAACCAUACCAUAUAUCUUUGUUUUAGAAUUUGCUUGUUUACCAUACAAGGUUUGGGUGGGGAAAGGCAAGAAGUAAUAAAAUGUAAUAUUCUAAAGUGAAUUAGCAUGUGUAGGUUUAGCUUUUACAAAUGUUUUAGAAGAAAAAUACUUCUUCCUUUUUGCUCUGCUGCCAAUACUGGGAUUCCAUGAUUUCCUUGCUACAGUGUAAUGAGCUCACCGAAACCAAAAGUGGCAUAAGGAAAACCAUUCCUUGCUGUAGUAAGGCACUGAUAUUGCUGAUACUUUGGGAAAAAUCUAGAACCCUGAACUUGAAGUUGACAGGUAAAACAUCCUUCCAUUUUUCAUUAUGAGCCUGUAAGCAAAAUAUCUAGAUCCUGCUGCUACAAUUCUUGACACCUACCUCUUUUCCAUUCUUCUCCUUUCUAAUUCUCACAUCCUAGAGAGGAUACAGUUCCUGAAGACAACAAUCCUUGAUAUCCUUUCUUAUAGAUCUUGUUACUCAGAUGAAGAUUUUUUUUUUUUUUAAGUUUUUCCAGAUGACAUCCGAUCAGCUUUACAAAGUUAUCUUCUUGUAGCUAUAUCUGAACCUAGUCCAUUUAGUUUUCCAGUCUGGUAUUAAUAAGUCAUGAGCAUCUCUAAGUCUUUGAUUCUCAGGUAAUUCAGAAACACUACAGGCUGUGUUAGGAAAAAUAAAACCUCACUUUAUAUUUAACAAAAUAAUUAUUUUUUUUCACGAGAUCGCUGUACAUAAAGAUUCAUCUUCCUGUAGGUCCUCAAAUGCAGUGGUUCCCAACUGUGGCCCAUAUACCAAUGGUCUGCAGAAUACUUGCUGGUGGGAUGUGGAGAGCUGGCUGGUCACAUAGUUCUAACUUUGCGCAUCUCCAUCUGUUAAUUCACGUUGAAGGGCAAGUUAAAAUUUACCUAACUCUCCAUGUUAGUAGUUGCUAUCAUUGUCACAGGGAAGUUACACAGUAAUGUUAAUGAGAGUGGCAACAUGGUCCAUGAGACUCUCUUUAAGAUGCAUUCCACACUGUGGAAACUUUAAGACAUCUGUACUAGGAUAUCUGGAAAAGCUUUGUUUUAUUCACUUAUGCAAAAUUCCUUAUCCUACUGACAUGUUUCUCUCAGUAAUAAUGUAUCAUAUUUUUGGUACCCAGAAAUUUAAGGGUUGCUGUAUUGCUGUUGCAGCACGCUCUGAUUUUGUUGCUUUUCAGAAACUCCUCCAUAACAUUUCAGUUGGUUGGGCUGCCCAUCUUGAAAUUUUUUUCUAGGGACAAGGACCCAACAGUAUCCAAUAAGCCUUUAGAACUCCCCAGAUGUAAAUCUGCAGUAUGAAUCAUAGUACUCCAAAGGCCAAACUGUACCCCUUUACUAGAACACAUCUUUGUAGCACAUAAAUUAGAGUUUAGGAACUAAUUUCUUCAUCUGGUAUGUGUGGAAGAAGUGCCCAUUUUCAAAGGGUCCUGUGAAGAUUGCAACGGAAGCUGUAUAUUCUGUUUUGAAGGUUUCCCUAGGUAAAGUACACGUAGGCCAAAAA